CCCAAACCUGAUAGGAUGACUUCAGAUGGAGCAUCUCCAUUGCCUGGACCAGAUAUGACCAUGAAACCGGGCACUGCCCUAUCUUCUUUCACUCCACUUCCCAUUCCCCCAUCUGCUCCUGGCCCACCAGACCAACCACUCUGGGAGCUGCCUCCACAGCCCCCCAUGCCUUCAGCUUUCUCUCCAGGCAACCCUCUGAUGCUCUCUGCUUUCCCCAAUCCAUUGUUGGUGACAGGGGAUGGGGGCCCCGGCCACAGUGGGAAUGAAGCUGGCAAGGUCAUUGUCAAAGUCAAGACAGAAGGGGGGGCAGCUGAGCCCUCUCAAACUCAGAACUUUAUCCUCACUCAGACUGCCCACAAUUGGAUUGCCUCAGGUGCUCCCUGUGGGGGUCCCGAAGUCCCUCCCCCUCAAUUUGUGAUAGCCUCUAACAUGAAGACCCUUCUGCCCACUGAGACAGUUGGGGUGAGCCAGGAGGGCCUCCCAGGCCUUCCUGCCCAGGUUCCAGCACCAGCUGCCCAACUGGCCCCCAUUGUGCCCCCAGAAAAGGCUUGGCCAGGGCCACAUGGGGCGACUGGAGAAGGAGUUCUGGCAGUGGCCCAAUCCAAGCCAUCACUGGGUGACCUCUCCUAUACCUCCAAGGGUGUUUAUGAGAACUUCCGACGCUGGCAGCGCUACAAAGCCUUGGCCCGGAAGCACUUAUCCCAAAGUCCUGAUGCAGAAGCUCUUUCUUGCUUUCUUAUCCCAGUGCUUCGCUCCCUGGCCCGGCUGAAGCCUACUAUGACCCUGGAAGAGGGACUGCCACGGGCUGUGCAGGAGUGGGAUCACACCAGCAACUUUGACCGGAUGAUCUUUUAUGAGAUGGCAGAAAAGUUCAUGGAGUUUGAGGCUGAGGAGGAGAUGCAGAAUCAGAACACUCAGCUGACGAGUGGGUCCCAGGGUCUGCCUCCUGCAGCCCCUCUGAAACUUGAUUCUCAGGGUCCCCGGGCCCCUGGGGUUUGCCAGCAGCCAGCGUACAUUCCCAAGAAGGCGGCCUCCAAGGCACGGACCCCACGCCGGCGGCAGCGCAAAACCCAGAGGCCUCCAGUUCCUGAGGCACCCAAGGAAAUCCCACCAGAAGCUGUGAAAGAGUAUAAUGACAUCAUGGAAGGGCUGGUGGGGAGUCACUUGGUCAUUGGGGAGUCAGACGGAAGACAGGAAGGGGAAGAGCAGCAGCAGGAGGAGGAAGGGAUGUAUCCAGAUCCAGAUCUCCUGAGCUACAUCGAUGAGCUGUGUUCUCAGGAGGUCUUUGUCUCCAAGGUGGAGGCCGUCAUUCACCCUCAAUUUCUGGCAGACCUACUGUCCCCAGAACAACAGAGGGACCCCUUGGCCUUAAUGGAGGAGCUGGAGCAAGAAGAAGGACUCAGCCUUGCCCAGCUGGUCCAGAAGCGGCUCCUGGCCUUGGAGGAGGAAGACGAUGCAGAGGCAGCUCCAAGUUGCCCUGGAGCUCAACUGGACUCAAGUGCUUCCGUUUCUGAUGAGGAUGAAGAUGGGGGUGGGCGGCUUCGGCCCUCUCCUGGGCUUCGGGUGGCUGGGGGCACUGUUUGCCUUGGGAAGGCUGCUUCUCCCGGAAAGCAGGCAAGAGAAGUGCAUGGUGGGCAGGAAUGGGCUCUAGAUCGCCCAAGGGGCACGUGCAGGGAUGGGAACACCCUGCCAUCCCCCAGCGGCUGGGACUUGCACAUAGAACUUGCAGCUCCACAGGGAGCUCAAGGGCCCUUAGGUACAGAGAGAAGAGGGCCUGGGAAAGUUACAAACCAGAUAUCCUCACACCAAGAUGACUACCUGGGAGGUGCUGGGUCCCCUGGGCACUCCCUGGUGGCUGAUGGGACUUCUGAGGUUCUGUCCCUUUGCUGGCAGGAAGACCCCCCGCAGCUCGAGAUAGUUCCCAGUUUGGAUGCUGCCCUCACAGAGCCAGCUGCUCUGCAAGGACAGGGUUUAGAAAAGCAGAUCCUGGGGCUGCAGACAGGACAACAGACAGGGGGUGCUGGAGGGCUGCCUCAAGGCAAGGAGCUGCUCGUGCCCCAGGAGGUCUCCUCAGGAGUCAUGUGGGGAGGUGACAGAGGUCCUCCUGUGGUUCAGAGUUAUGAGCAGAGCCCUUCCCCGAGAGCAGCUGGGGACAAGGACGAGGCUUCUUUCAGUCCAGGACUCUGGCUCAGCAGUGAGAUGGAUGCCAUAGGCUUAGAGCUGCCCUUAGAAAUCGAGGUCACAGAGGACUUCCAUGUUGGGCCAUGUGCACCUGAGUACCAGGGAGGCUGCCAGGCUCUGGGCUCCAGAAGCAGCGUUUCUCUGGGUCUUGGGGAUAGCACAGGACCUAGGGAUGUGGGGAGCAGUGCAAUUCCCUGUGGAGGCACAGAUGCCACAGCUGCCUUAGAAAAGACAAACUACAGCCUGGCCUUGAGGCCUAAAGAAAAGAGAGAACAGAGUCCUGAGACUAUACAGGAUCCCACUGACCUGUGGGCUGAAGGUUGCCCCCCGUUGCUGGAAGGCAGUAUUGAUGCCUCCACACUGGUUUCCAAAGAAACCCUCCUGCCUGCUAGUCAGGGCGAUGUCAUUAUCCUGGGGACCCAGGAUGCCUCCUCCUUCCCUGAGGCCAGCCAAGAGGCGGGGAACAGAGGCAGUUCCAUCUCUCUGUUGGAAACCACAGGUCACAACAACAUAAUAGAUGUUAGAGAUGACUUUGGCCUGCAGUUAGGGGCCAGUGAAGAUACCCGGGCACUAAAUUUUAAUUCUUUUCAUCCCCAAGGAGAGGGCAGGGAGGACACUGAUUUGUUGAAUCCUAAAGACCUUGCUCCCUUACCAGGGAAUCGAGAGUCUUAUGUACAUGGGACCCCCAAAACAUCUCCUCCCAAGGGCCUUGGACAAACUUCCCGAUGGGGAGCCAGGGGUGCCUCAGUUCUGAAAGAAGCGUCUCCUGUUAGUGAAACAUGCAGCACAGCAGAUGGGGCCAAAGGAAAGGAGGAAGAGGAGGAGGAAGAUGAGGAACUCUCUAGCUUUGCCUACCUCUUGGCCUCUAAACUGAGCCUGUCGCCGAGGCGGCCUCCUCUGGGUCCUCACCCGGCCUCGGGCCUGUCCUCCACAGGUCAGGGGGUCCAGAGAGCAUCCUGCUCCCUCUCUGCUGAGGCAAGAGGCCCCGGCCAAGCUCCAUAUCCUGUUGCCAAGUCUAAGAAGCGAGCUCUAGUUGCAGUUCCAGUUCCUCCUGGAAAGAGGCCCUACCUGGGAGCUGAACUUUCGGUCGCCGGGGAGACACCCCUGGUUCUACCCUCGCAGCCUCGUAAAAGGCGGCGUGACAGUUUGGGCACAGGCAGAAGGAAGAAACGGCGCCGUUGCCAGUAGGGAGCAGCAGGACCUUCCUAUCCCUCCCGCCAGUCCCUGAAGCCGGGCCGUUUGAAUAGAUUUCACACUGGCUGCACACAAACCAGAGACUUGCUCUCAAUCCUAUAUUUUGUAG